AUGCCCAGCUUGAACCCUCGCAACGGCUUCGACAUUCGCUCGGUGAAAUUCAUCGCCUCCGCUUUCUACCGCAAGAUCCCUUCGUUGUGCUGGAUACCUUGCACCGUCGCAAUCACGGAGCUCGAUAACGCGCAGUUUGGCGUCUUCAUCGUCGAUGGGUUCGAUCAGCGGCGUUCAUAUAAAUCUGCCUUUAAGACCAGCUGGCGAACGCACGCCAUCCAGGACUCGCGGCUCCUGGUGUGGUUUGAUGGGACGGAAGAGUACCAGGUUGUCCUCAACGAAGGCGGUCCUAACUUUACGGGCCUCGUCCUAGCCUUUAUGCUUGGGCUCCAUCUCGCGUACCACGCCUGGCAGGUCAACGAGGACCAGCUGCUGGCCACCCUCCAGGCGUUGCCGGCUGACCUCUCGGCGCCGUGGCCAGGUGUCACGGUCACUAGAGACGGCACGCUGGAAGCCGCCGAUGAGCCGAUGGAUAUAGAUUGA